AUGAUGCAUUUCGUUUCCGUCCUGGUUGGUGACAACAGUUUCGCCAACUGGAAUUCACGGCUUUCCAGCGGUUUCAACUCUCUGGCAAGCGCCAUCUCCAACCAUUCUAUGCAUGGCCAUAAUAUGACCGACAUGUCCGUUUCAACGCCGCCAACCGUCUCAUCAACCGCUUCGCCUGGAUCUCGUUCGUUUGGUGUCCGACCCAGUUUUAGUGUCGCUUCUCAGCAUGACGCUUUGCUGACGGAACUGUUUGAGCGUGGCAAUCCCACCACCUCAUCCCUCAUUGCCCAUCCGCAGGACAAUCCCAACCCGCUGUAUCCCAAUUUCUCGGGAGGCAGUCAGCCUCCAAGGCAAAAGCCUCACUCCGAGCCCACUUCACAGCGCUCGCCCGGCGUUCAACUGCGCAAGUCGGGCCUCAGUCCCGGCCAUGCGGAGCCCAAUCCUGGACGCUACAGUGGAGCCGGCACGUCUGCAGCAGCUGCAGGUCGUCUUUCUCUUCCAGACUCCUCUCCGGCCUGUCCAGUCUCCGGAGUUCACUCCAACUUUCCAAAGUCCCUCGUCUCACAAGAGCCCUUUUCCGGCCUGCCCACUGGCCUCCUGACGCACCCACCGACCGGUCAUUUCUGUCCGACUCUCGACUACUCAGGCCAUCCGAGCCCAUCUCAAGCCGCAAAUAUCCAACAAUCACAACAUGCACAACAACAACACCAACAUGCUCAGCCAUCGUGUAGCCCUUUAAUGCUCCAUCGUAGUCACCAGCUGAUACAGCUUCAGUCAGCCGUGCAGCCAAUUUCACCUGCCACCAGCUACGCCCAGUUUUCGCCACAAAUGGUCAAUUCUGGCCAAUUGUCGUCAUCUCAGUUCAAACAACAACAACAACAACAACAGCAGCAGCUCCAAUUGCACCUACAAAUCCAACUACAGCAACAGCUCCGACAGCAUCUGCAACACCAGCAUCAGCAGCAACAGCAACAGCAUCAGCAGCAACAGCAUCAGCUGCAGGCGCAGGCAUACCGCCAGCACCAAGAGCUGCAACAGCACAAACUGCAGACCAUCCAGGCACAGUUGAAGUCUCAACAACACGCCCUUCUUGGCGGAGUUCGAGCCAGCGCCGGUGCCGGGUCAAGCACAGGCAUUGCCUAUCCCGGCGCAACUGGAACCAUUUCCAGCGGGGUCGCAGCUGCCCAACUCUCGUCUAGCCCGUACCGUUGUCUGGCCAGCCAAGCACCCCAACUUGGAAGCCCAUCCUGCCUUUCCGCCCAUGCUGGUCUUCCUGGCGUACAGGCCAUAGCUGCAAAUCAAGCACUCACUCAAAUAGGGGCUAGCAACGCUGGACAAGUCCAAAAUAUUGGCGGCCCGUCCAACAGCUCUUUG